UUUGCCUUAGAGUUUGCAAGAUGCGCCUGGACCACGCGCGUUCCCGAGAGUCAGGGCCGUGCGUGCUGGAGGCACCCGGCGAGCCCUGGGAGGGCUGCGUGGCGCAGAGGUGAGGGAGAGGUGGCAGCGUGAUGCCAGUUUAUCCAGGGGCCUGGAUCUAUCUGAGCGGGAGCAGAGGCUGGGAGCUGGGUCCCUCUACACCAGGGCUCGCUGGAGGCGUCGAUGUGGAGCGCCCGGAUGACCUCGGUGUCUCUGGAGCAAAGGCAGGGGCACCAAGGCCCCUUUUCUGCCCUAGGGUUGAAAGGGGUGCAGCGAUGGGGUUCCCGAGAGGACAGCGCCCCGCUCCAUCCCGGCCAGGUCGGGGCAUCUCCAGGACUGGCCAGGGGCCAGUGGUGCUCUUGGCCAAAGUUAGAAACGAGCGCCUUCCGGGGAGACCUGGAGGGCCUCUCGGGCCGGACCUGCGCCCCAGGCAGGGCCUGCACCCAAACCGGCUUUGCGACCCCAAUUGCAGCUUCCUUUUUGGUAUUUCAAACGUGCCCUCUUCCCAGCUGUCUGUGGCUUCCAAGGGCCGGGCUUUGGAGCCCCACACACUUCGUUGCUUUCUAGACUCCUCACCUGGGAGUGGGAGGCCGCCUGAGCAGCGCAGGAGCCCCAGCCUGGCAACCCUGACAGCGGCUGGCGGUCAGAGCACCUGUAGUCCUCUGCAGUCCUCCCCAGUCCUCUCCAGCAGGGCUGGCCCUGGCCACUUCUACGCCCACCUCCUACCUCACCCCUCCCUCUGGUCUUCGGCAUCCCUCCACUUUGCACGAAACGAAGCACUAAUUCAGUUAUCCGCCGUGUUCUCUUUUUCCUUUAAAAGAAUACUCCGCAGAUCAGAAACCUAAGUGGUCACGCUAUAUGCCCAGCCCCCGCCUUGGUGGAGAGGGGGAGGGGACAGCUUGGUGGGGUCAAUAGCACGCAGGAUUUUCGAUUCAGAGUGCAAUGUGUGCUAAAUGUAAAGCAAAACCGGAGUGGGGGUACUUGCACCCUAGGGCGGGUGUGGGGGGCCGUCGGGCUUCCCAAAUGCUUAAUGUAAUCACGGGCCAGCUGCGUGCACUUGUAAAGUUGUUAUAACCCCCUCCUUGUUAUAAACAGGAAAGCACAGAAUAUAAAGCAAAAGACCAGCAUUCACAAAUACCCGCCCUCCCCUGCCAGCUGCCAAAUUCCCCUUUUACGGUGCUCCUAGCUGGCGACCUUGACUUCACCGGAGACCUUCUGCUGCCCUCAGCUCACCACACGGGCUCAUUCGAAGCCUUUCUCCAGGGAGCUAUGGACCAGGUGCCCAGGGCCCUCGGCACCCCUCCCAGAGAGGCUGGGCUCCUGGGUCCACCCCUCCCCUGGUCCCUGGGCCCGCUGGGCAUCUGGGGCCCUGCAGAGUGCCUGCCUGGGACAGGGUGACGGUGUGACGACCCAGAAUCUCUCCAGGGAGGGCUUCUCAUCAGGCAAAAAACCUUCUCUCCUCCCUCUCACCAGGGGAUAAAAUGUUUCCAGGAUACCCGCUUCCCGCUCCCCCCCAAGCUUUUCUCCAGUCUCCCUCUAGCUGGGGAAGAAGAAAAGACCUUUUGUGGGGGCUCUGGGUUCAGGGGCUCCCCCAGCCAGCAGUAGAAGGCAGCCUGGGUUCCCUGCCCCCAGCUCCAUCCCUCCUUCCUGGCCGCGGGAGCUGAGGGAGCGCAGAUCCUGCCUGCUGACUGUGUGUGCUCACAGCGUCAAGGGGUGGACGUGAUAUUUCAAACAUCAGAUCAGUGCGUUUAUAUAUUGGGUGCCCGGAAAUUUUUCCAAAUAAACACAGCUUGAUUCAACUUGGGUGGGCGGACUUAUCAACAGACUAAUUCUAUAAACAAAUGAAGGAAUAGCCCCGAAAACCAUUGGCUGGUAUCAAAAAGACACGUGGAGGGAAAAGCUUGGAGUUUUUCAGCAAUGAAAUUUUAAUUAAUGUGGGUGGGCUGAGAACAUAACGACUGUUUAUCAUAGACAAUUUAUUUUCCAGGGCUAAGUCAACAUAUAAUAGCAAACUUACAACAAUUAUUUAACAUUUUUAAAGCCAUGAAGAAGGGACAGAGCGCGCAGCGGCUGGGGAGAGCGGCAGAGCGCAGGGCAGAGGCACGGAGGGCUCCCGGGAGGGCCCUGGCGCGGCGCGGGCCCUAAGCUCCAGCGGGUUCGCUCAGCAUGAGCCACCUCUUUGGUCCCCCGGUGCCAGCUCUGGCCGCCUCAUCCAUGCUCUAUCUGUACGGCCCGGAAAGGCCCGGGCUGCCCCUGGCCUUCGCCCCUGCGGCCGCUCUGGCUGCCUCGGGCAGGGCAGAGCCACCCCAAAAGCCGCCUUACAGCUACAUCGCGCUCAUCACCAUGGCGAUCCAGGACGCGCCCCAGCAGAGGGUCACACUGAACGGCAUCUACCAGUUCAUCAUGGACCGCUUCCCCUUCUACCACGACAACAGGCAGGGCUGGCAGAACUCCAUCCGCCACAACCUCUCGCUCAACGAGUGCUUCGUCAAGGUGCCACGCGAGAAGGGGCGGCCGGGCAAGGGCAGCUACUGGACGCUGGACCCUCGCUGCCUGGAUAUGUUCGAGAACGGGAACUACCGGCGCCGGAAGAGGAAGCCCAAGCCCGGAGCCGGGGCCCCGGAGGCCAAACGGGCCCGCGCGGAGCUGCAGGAACGCGGCGCGGAGGCGCAGCUGCCCGUGGGGAGCGGGGAGGGGCGUGCGGGCGCCAGGACCCCCGGCCACCAGGCGGCCGCCGCGCGCCCCUCGACCCCCGGGGAGAGCCGCUCUCCGCCGGCGCCCCUGCGCCGGCCGGGGCCCAAGUUCGAGGACGAGGACGCGGGCAACGCAGCGCAGGGAGCAGCAACCACGGCGGCUUGCGUGGCAGCGCCAGCGCGCACGGAGGACGACCCGGGGUCCCCUCCGCGCCCCGCCUCCCGCAGCUCCCCGAAGAGCACUGACAGGUCCGCGAGCUUCAGCAUCGAUAGCAUCCUGGCGGGAAGGCAGGGCCAGAAGCCGGCCGGAGGGAGUGAGGGCCUGGGGGCCGCCAAGCCGGGGCCCGGAGCUCUGGGCUCCUCGCUCCUGGCCGCCUCCUCGGGACUCCGGCCGCCUUUCAACGCCUCCCUCAUGCUCGAUCCGCACGUCCAGGGCGGAUUCUUCCAGCUGGGGAUCCCUUUCCUCACCUACUUCCCUCUGCAGCUUCCUGACCCCGCGCUCCCCUUCCAGUAGAGCCGGCAGCCCGCGGCGGCUCUUUCCCUGGCCUCGUCGGGCCCUCGGAGCCGCGGCCAGACUCCCGGAGAGGAAUGAGCUUCGAUGGGUCCACGCUGGGUUCCGGGCAGCGCCGCUGCGGCGAGUGGGCGCGCUCCUUCGGAGGGACUUGCCCAGCAGGCAGCGGCUUCUGGAUUGCGAAGACCCCUCCCGGGCGACCUGGGCGCCCAGGCGGCCACCGGAGCCGGCGCAGGAGAAUUCCCUGCCCUUAAGGGCAACUGAAGGUUGAUCCGCGCCUGCACCGGCCCAGGCCCAGGCCGACCCGAGGGUGGGACCCACAGCCCUGGGGGUCUUUUCCACCGGAAGCGCAGGGUUACCCUCGCGUUCAGUCUGCAGCCCUUAGAGGCCUGGGUCCCCUUUGCGGACGAGCGCGGGUUGGUGGGAGGAUCGGGGGCGUAGGCCUGGUUAGCAUUUCCGACCAGCGUUAGGUAGAAACCAAGAAACCACCGCCAGUGCAGUAGUGUUUUACAUAGAGAAGUUUCUUCGUGAUUUCUUUCUGGACAGUAAAAGCAACAGGGGUUACUCUUUGCCUCAAUGCUCAGCUCUUUUUCCUGUAAUGCCCGACAGCUUCUAUAAGGCACAGCCUGUGUAACUCAGCGUCUUGUCGCGUUGUGAUGUCAGUGCCAUGCCCCCUGCGCCUGUUCCUGGAGAGCCCACACCCCAGCUUUUGCUUUAGGGAAUCAGAAGAUUUCAGGGGAGCCGGGGAGCCGGGGAGGGUGUGGGGAAGGACACAGGCACGUCACAGUUUUGAUUUCCAGGAUUUAUCAAGAUCUAGGUCUGGUUUUUACAACAUUUUCCAGAAUCAUGUAAUGAAGGACCUCAUUUAGUUACAAAAAUGGAGUGAAACACAAAAAGCAGAUGGAGAGUGGGGUGGGUUAAUGUUGGGGGGAGCCAGGGAACUGGCUGAGGUGUAGGGUGGAUGGGGUUCCUCCUUGCAAGCCCCAAGCAGGCCUGGAGGCCGACCUUAAACCCCGGGGAGUCUGCAGCUGGGAUCUGAGUCAGAAAUGGUGAUGUUCACGUCCAGGCCACGGAAAGCUGUGGGGAAUCCUCCCUGACUGUGGCGUGUCUUCUGGAACGAGCUCCUGAGCUCUGAAGUUUGCUUUCCUGAACCCCAGAGGAGCCUUCAUUGUAUCUGGUGUAGGAGAAGCAUAAAACAUCGCGAGUUCUUGGGCUUCCAAUAACUGUUUAAGUACUUCCUGGGACAUGCAUGAAAAUGCUUGUGGGCUUUAGAUCAAGAAGGCCUGCCACUAGGCCUGUUGGCAAGGAAGCUGCAGGCAGGGAGGCAUCGCACCUGCAGGCACAGAGGGGCCUUCUGAGAAUUGGCCCUGCAGCCACACUGAGCCGAGGGCUGCUGACCGGACACUGUCUGGAAUGGGGAGGACUCUGCCCAGACCAGUGGGAAGGCUUUGGCGGGCUUAGGGUGAGGGGUUUAGGGAGCUCUGCUGAGACCCCACCGGUGAGGCCCAGGCCCAGUGUAAUCCACGUGAAAUGUAGCAGAAGGGCCGUUGCUGGGUGUUCUGUUAUCCUAAACCCCCAGCCUCUGUGAAUAAAGUUGU